CCAGAGUCACGCUCGGCAUCACCACAAUGUUAACACUGGUCACCAGCGCUAAGAGCGCUCGCGAUAAGUUGCCCAGAGUUUCCUACAUACAUGCCCUCGAUAUUUGGAUUAUUGUUUGCACAAUAUUUAUAUUCGCAUCACUCGUUGAAUACGCGACCGUAAACUUCAUCUAUCAUAAGGAAAAGAGGAGAACAAACAAAUCAAAGGCUAAUAAGAAAAAUAAUAUACAGAAUAGCAAUGGUUUGAAAAGGACUUUAAGUAAUAAUUCAGUCAAUAGUUACUGCGAUUCAAUGUAUAGCACUGUUAACAGUGAUAUAUUUCUUCAGCCGCCUCCGAGUCCUUUGACUCAAAAAAGAGGUUCAAUGAUAAGGACGGGAAGCGAUGGCGGCAUUGUGCCAAAUCUCACACCUGAUCAUACAUUGAAUCGGUCGAGACUAACGCCAAAAAUCAGCAAAACUAAUAUUUUUUCGCCCCCAAACCGCAAGAUAUUGCCAAUGAAAUUGACCGCAAGUGUCGCCUCAUAUUUCCCAUCAGCACCAAUCGUCGGCAAUCAAGCCAUCACUGUCAGGAUGUCGUCGACUAUUCAUACGAUUAACAUAGACUUUGAUGCUCUCACCGGCGAUGAAGUGGACACCGAUUGUGAUGACUCGUGCAACGCUUCCAAUGCAGAAGGUAUGAAGAUAUCGGAUAAAGUUAUGGUUACACUCGAAGCCAAAGAAGUUAUGAUAAACAGCUGUAAAGAUAAGGCGGGGACUGACGGCCAGAUUUGCGAUCCGAAGUCAAAGUGUGAGAGUAAGUCUACAAACGGCACGACAACUGAUACACAAACUAAGAGUAUAAGGAAAAGUCGUGUCUUUGACUAUAAUCUGAUUAACAAGAGAACAGGGGUUCGGAUGUUCGACAAGAAGUCGUUGGCUUUGAUCGAUAGACUGGCCGAUGAGGUCGAGAGUAUCGUACGGUUUGUCUGCUUUCACUGCGAGAAGAGAUACCAUUCAAUGCAUGACUAUAAGAGACAUCACUCGAAGCGUCACUUCAAAGAUGGCAAAGCAAUGAAUGGCAUUAAAUACAGAAAGAUUGUCAAAAAACAAGACAAUGAUACCAAUCAUAAGACCAAACAUAAGAAAACCAAACACUUAUCUUCGAGUAUUUCAUCGUCCGCUUCAUUGGAUUCAAACGUCACCACAAAAAUAGAGAAAAUCAAUGUAAUUCAAAACCAAGAGCUGACCGCCACUUACGCCUCGAAGUCGAUAACUCCAUCCACUUCUUCAUCAGUCGACAGUGAAAGUGGUAUUGAAAAGACUGGCAUAAGAUUUGUGCCUCAGUGUCAGAUCUGUUCAUUCGCGCCAUUAGUGGACUCAAUGAAUAUGAUUGAAAUGCAUAUCAAGACAGAGCACAAGAAGUCCGCUCAAGAAGUCCGCAAUUAUUAUGCUUUCGUUCACUUUAAAUACAAAUCUAAGCUUAAAUCCCAU